AAUACAAAAGUUAGUAAUGAACAGUAAGUAAAUUAGGCGCGAGAAAAUAUGGCAAAACAACUACGUAUUUGAACUCAGCUUCUGUGUUUCUUCCUUCCUUCACUUUCAACGUCACCAUGGUUCAGCAACUAUUGCUGUUUCUGAUUCUCUUUCCCUUUCUCUCUCUACCCCCCACUCUCUCUCUAAACCAAGAUGGUCUCUUCCUCCUCGAAGCCAAACUCCAACUCUCUGACCCCAGAAACGCGCUCUCCAACUGGAACCACCGCGAUGCCACCCCAUGCAACUGGACCGCCGUCACGUGCGACGCCGGAGGCGGCGUCGCCACCCUCGACCUCUCCGAUCUCCAACUCUCCGGCCCCGUCCCCGCCGCCGCCCUCUGCCGCCUCCCCUCCCUCUCCUCCCUCAACCUCUCCAACAACGAUAUCAACGCCACCCUCCCCGCCGCCGCGUUCACCCCCUGCGCCGCGCUCCGCCACCUCGACCUCUCCCAGAACCUCCUCUCCGGCGCCAUCCCCGCCACCCUCCCCGACUCCCUCAUAACCCUCGACCUCUCCUCCAACAACUUCUCCGGCAAGAUUCCGGCGAGCUUCGGCCAGCUCCGGCGACUCCAAUCUCUCUCCCUCGUCAGCAACCUCCUCACCGGAACAAUCCCCUCUUCCCUCAGCAAAAUCUCAACCCUCAAAACGCUUCGCCUCGCUUACAACACCUUCGACCCCGGUCCCAUUCCCAACGAUCUCGGAAAUCUCAAAAAUCUCGAGGAGCUCUGGCUCGCAGGUUGCAACCUUGUGGGCCCCAUCCCACCCUCUUUAGGAAAGUUAAGUAAUCUUUUGAACCUUGACUUGUCGCAGAACAACCUCGUCGGAUACAUACCCGAACAACUCGUGUCGGGUUUGCGCAACAUUGUACAAAUCGAACUCUACGAGAACGCUCUCUCCGGCGCGUUGCCACGCGCCGCGUUUGCCAACCUCACCAACUUGGAACGAUUCGAUGCCUCCACGAACGAGUUGACUGGGACGAUUCCGGAAGAGUUGUGUGGGUUGAAGAAACUCGAGUCGUUGAUUUUGUACGCUAAUAAAUUCGAGGGUUCUCUGCCGGAGACUAUAGUGAAAUCGCAGAACUUGUACGAGUUGAAGCUGUUCAACAACUCGCUCACUGGGUCGCUGCCUAGUGGGUUGGGUAAUAACUCUAAGUUGCAAUUUUUCGACGUUUCGUUUAACCGAUUCUCCGGCGAGAUUCCGGCGAGGUUGUGCGGCGGCGGAGCGUUGGAGGAGCUGAUUCUGAUAUACAAUUCGUUUUCCGGGAGGAUCUCUGAGAGUCUUGGGGAAUGCAAGAGUUUGAGGAGGGUUAGGCUUAGGAACAAUAACUUUUCCGGUGUUGUGCCUGAGGGGUUAUGGGGUUUGCCCCAUUUGUAUUUGCUUGAAUUUGUUGAGAAUUCUCUUUCUGGGUCGAUUUCUAAUUCGAUUUCCGGGGCUUGGAACUUGUCAAUAUUGUUAAUUUCGGGGAAUAAAUUUUCUGGGUCGAUUCCUGAGGGGGUUGGGGAAUUGGGUAAUCUUGAGGCUUUUGUUGCUGAUCAUAAUAGUCUUACUGGUCGGAUUCCAAAAAGUGUGGUUAGGUUGAGCCAGUUGGAUAGGCUUGUUCUCAGAGACAAUCAGCUUUUUGGAGAAAUUCCCGUUGGAGUUGGGGGUUGGAGGAAGCUCAAUGAGCUUGAUUUGGCGAAUAAUAAUAGGUUAAAUGGGAGUAUUCCUAAGGAGUUAGGGGACUUACCUGUGCUUAAUUAUCUUGAUCUUUCAGGGAAUCGGUUCUCUGGUGAGAUUCCAAUUAAGCUGCAGAAUUUGAAGCUUAAUUUGUUGAAUUUGUCGAACAAUCAGCUUUCUGGGGUGAUUCCUCCUCUUUAUGAUAAUGAGAAUUAUAGAAAGAGUUUUCUUGGGAAUCCGGGUUUGUGCAAGCCUCUCUCUGGAUUGUGUCCAAACUUGGGUGGUGAGAGUGAGGGUAAGAGCAGGAAGUAUGCCUGGAUUUUCCGGUUCAUGUUUGUGCUUGCUGGGAUUGUGUUAAUUGUUGGGAUGGCUUGGUUUUACUUCAAAUUCCGGGACUUCAAGAAGAUGGAAAAGGGGUUUCACUUCUCAAAGUGGAGGUCGUUUCAUAAACUUGGGUUUAGUGAGUUUGAGAUUGUUAAAUUGCUGAGUGAGGACAAUGUUAUAGGGAGUGGAGCAUCUGGGAAGGUUUACAAAGUUGCGCUGAGUAGCGAGGUGGUGGCAGUGAAGAAAUUGUGGGGAGCAACUAAGAAGGGAAAUGGAUCUGUUGAUUCUGAGAAGGAUGGCUUUGAAGUUGAGGUUGAAACAUUGGGAAAGAUUCGGCACAAGAAUAUUGUGAAAUUAUGGUGUUGCUGCAACAGUAAGGAUAGCAAGCUCUUGGUUUAUGAGUACAUGCCAAAGGGGAGUCUUGCUGAUUUGUUGCACAGUAGCAAGAAAAGCUUGAUGGAUUGGCCCACUAGAUAUAAAAUUGCUAUUGAUGCUGCUGAGGGGCUCUCAUAUUUGCAUCAUGAUUGUGUCCCCUCUAUUGUUCAUAGGGAUGUCAAAUCUAGCAAUAUCUUGCUAGAUGAUGAAUUUGGAGCAAAAGUUGCCGAUUUCGGAGUUGCAAAAAUUUUCAAGGGAGCCAACCAAGGGGCAGAGUCCAUGUCUAUUAUUGCGGGUUCUUAUGGUUACAUUGCACCAGAAUAUGCUUAUACUCUUCGGGUGAAUGAAAAAAGUGACAUUUAUAGCUUUGGUGUGGUCAUUUUGGAGUUGGUAACUGGGAAGCCCCCUCUUGAUGCAGAGUAUGGGGAAAAGGAUCUAGUAAAAUGGGUUCACUCCACAUUGGAUCAGAAAGGACAGGAUGAGGUGAUUGAUCCCACUUUGGAUAUUCAAUAUAGGGAAGAAAUCUGCAAGGUACUAAGCGUGGGGCUUCAUUGCACUAACUCACUUCCUAUAACCCGCCCUUCAAUGCGUAGUGUGGUGAAAAUGCUGAAGGAAGUAACUGAACUUCCAAAGUCCUUUAGUGGAAAACUCUCUUCUCCUUAUUUUCAGGAAGAGACCUCGGAUAUUGAUCACCAGGGAAGCUUAGUUUGAGCUAGAUGCUGAAAUCAUAAUAGCCAGCUUCAAUUUUUACUUCAGCUUUGGUACUUAAAAGUAACUAGUAUUUGCUUAGGCAAUAGUACUUGAAACAGAAAUUGUAAGAAAUGGCAAGAAACUUUCCAAUUUCAAUCGUGUUUUAGACUCUUAGUUCCGCCAAAAAAGGUAUAAUGAAAUUCACAAUAGAAUAUAUUAUGUUCUACUUUGCAUUAAACUCUAGAAAUUUUAAUAUGCCAAUCUUUAUCCAGAA